AUGUACUGCAAAAUAGGAAUUUUUCUCUCGGCAUUACUUUUGAUUAACUUAGUAUCACUUGGUUUUUUGGAAGCUACGCCUGGAAAAGGUUGUCGACCGGGUUUAAUGAUGUGCAACCGUCGAAACGGGAAAAGGCAAGUAAAGGUGAGUCACCUUCUUUGAAAAUAAAAGUGAAAAUUUGAAAAGCUAUACUAUGGCACAGCACGUUGCUGUGAUGUCGUUCUAAUGUGACAUAAUGGGUAAGGACUAGUCUUUAUUUCUUUUUCACGGGAUGAUUUUGACGUUAGUUUCUAAGGUUGACAAAUGCCGCCAAACUUCUAAUGCAAUUCGGAUAAUAAAUCGUGAAUUGACCACGAAAAGUUGAUCGAGACACGUGGCACGUGUAUAUAAAUCUCAAGAAGGUCCGUACAUGAUAGAUCAAGCUUAGUUUCAUGAAGAAAUAUUCCGAUUCCUGCGAAAAAAUAAUUCCUUUUGAUUUCCAAAUGUGUUGCGGUGAACCUAUGCAUAAUCUACUGUAACAAUAUAAAGGGCGAUAAAGCAGAGAUCCUAUUCAAGAAUGUAUGGCCGCUAGAUUCAGACACUAAAAUUUCUGGUAGCCCUGUUUUAAACCAACAUGAAUCUUUUUUUUCCUCUACUUUUCAACUUGAUAGCACUGGUAACACUGUAGACCACGAAAAAAAAUGAUUGUAUUCAAUAAAACAAGGCAGUCAAUCAGCAAAUUAGUAGGCAUCAAAAUGUUCAUAAAAAAAGCGUUCUCCGUCUAAACUGAACGAGUGUGUAACGUUAUCAUAUGAGUAGCCACUGACCAUCACCUAUCAUAAGCAAUGCAAGAGAGUUAUCGGUUUUUUUUCCACCAGACGGAAAGCCAGAAUACUAUGUGGCUACAUUUUGCUUAUUCAGUGGUCCCAUUUGUCGCCGAAAUUUUUAUCUUUAGCAGCACAAUUCUCGAAAUUCAACUCUACUUUCGGUUGUACAGACAGGAAGUUGAUUUGCCAGGUUAUUUAGUUUUCCAGUGCUUUUGUGACCCAGGUUUUCUAUGUAAACAUGUUAUUAAGAGUUCGUGAAUGAGCCGAUGUUCUCAAUUGUAAGACCUAUCGUUGAUCGCUUUCACCUCACUAAGCAGCAUGCAGCUUAAUUUAUUUAUUGUGGAAUUUUAUUCUUAGUAAGUUUGUCAAGCUUGAUCCAAUUCGCAAGCAGAGGUAGUUGUAUAUCGCCCUUAAUUCAGGUUAUUUUGUAACAUUAUGCUAAAUUAAACGCCUCGUUAUCACUAUUGUUUCAGCUAAUGCAAAUAUUGGUGUCACCUUUCCUACAUUUGAUGAACCUUCGAAUUAAAUCAACAUAAACACUAUCCAGUACAUGAAAACUAAACUCACGUUGGCUUCAUUUGCGCUAACAUAUAGGACCACAUUGACAAUGAGUUGCCGCUUUUCUGAGGCGUGUCGUGUCGGUGCACGUCUAUUUAGAGGAUUCUCUGGAUUAAACCUUAUUUAUAAAGUUAGAUUUACUAACAGUGAAUCAUGCUCAUUUCAGCUUGGCACUCAGUUGACACAGCGACGUUUGGAGGCUGACGAUGAAACAUUAAAGGUAUUGGUUCAUGGACACGUAGUUUAGUGCGUAUUUUUUCACGUAUCACUCGAGGUUUGUGUCUAACGCUAUCAGUUUGAGUUUGGGUAACUUUUAAUUUGCUGUCAAUGAAGCAAUUUCAGUCAUCAGAGUAAGUAAAGCAAAAGUAUAGAUCUCACAUAAAUAUAAUGAAUACCUUGAGAUCAAAAUGUGCUAAAAUAUAACAGAAUGAAAAAACAAGGAAGAUGUCCUAUUGUUGUUAAAUAAAAAUGAAGAAAGUGAACCCUCGAUGAGAACCACAUCAUGCACUCCAGAUUAAUGCUGCAAUGCAAUGAUGCUUGAUGUCUAAUGCUUGUACUAUCAGUUUCGAUUUAUUAAUUGCAGACCAGGUUGAUAUUUCUAUUUCCGUAUAUCCUAGACAAUCGCUAACGACAUCCAAGAGUUUGGAGACAGUAAGUACUUGGGUGACUGACAGAAUGACCAGGAGAGAGCCAAACAAAGAACGAACUACUUCCUUUGACUCCUCGUUUUAGAGAGCUAGUUUCCUCAAAGCAUAUAUAUGAAAAAAUAUGAAACAUUUAUGUUAAACAUUAAGAUUGAAAGGAUUGACCCUCGAUUUGCAGUCUUCCAAGCGAACAAGCUUUAUAAGAGUCAAUAAAGAUAUCCUAAUGUCAUUAUGUCAUGUUGGCAUAUUCUAUGAACCUAGAUAACCGAGGGGGCCCAGAUAGG